UUCACUGGUAUAAUUUUUUUAAGCAUCUAACUCUUUCUACAAGUUGGUAUGAAGCCCGGUCUUGAUUAAGCUAAUCCAAUUCUUUUCAUCUCCAUUGUUCAUUUAAUUUUCGUGUCUUAACUUAAAUACCUAUUUCUUCUGUUUUUAAUCUUUUUCGCCUAUUUAAGAAGUAUUGUACAGGUAAAUUUACUGCUUACUAGGUUUAACAGAGCUCGUUCUGGUGAAAUUUUGGGUCAGUUAUGGAAUUCCUGUUUGGGUUUUAGAGCAAUUUCUGUGAAUGGAAUUCAGAAUUUGGAAGUUAGGAUUUUUAUGGUAGAGGACAAGAAAACUCCAAUUGCGUGUUAUUGGGUGAGAACUGAUCUGGGUUAUUGUUAGAUUACUUGUUAUUUCCUGUAGUUAGAUCUAAAUGGAUUUGCAUUUGAAGAAGUUGUUUGGUAGAUUCCAGGACCAAUUUGGAUCUGGUCCUGGACUAGGUCCCGGAUCAGGGACAUGUUUAAUGAAGGUUGAUGGAAUCUCUCCUAGUUUCAUUAAAUCCAUAUUUAAAGGUUCUGCAGCUUUGUUUAGAACUCAGCCAUGGAAGAGAUUGCGCCCAGGACAUUUGUUUGGUAUCCGGGUUGGGAAGGAUUCUGAUUGGUCUGGCAAGAAACAGCCUUUCCCUUUUGUCCAGUUCAUCGGAGGGGAUGGAGGGGAUAUCGCAUUUUACAUGUUUCGAACUGAGAAUGAUGCUAAAUUGAUGACAGAUUCAAGAGAGACGAUACGGGCUCCAAAUGUUGAGCUUUUGAGGGUUACUUAUGAGCUUGAGUCAUUGAUGUUUCCUUCAAAUCGUAGAAUGAUCAAGUCUUUGUCGUUAGAAGCAUCAGGACCUGAUCGGUUUCCUGUCAUUGAUGUUACACACUGUACAUCAUCGGGAGAACUAGGUUUCAGGAAUCCAACUCUUGAAGAGCUUAGAUUUGUCUAUGCGUUCAUGAAAGCGUUUUCUUUGUUGCAUCCCUUGCUUGAGGAGGAUAAAGAAAAGGCUCAAAAAUUGUCAAGGAUGUUAUAUUUUGAACCAUUUAUUGAGACAGUUGACGUCCAGUGGCCUCCAGAAAUGGUCAAGGGCAAUGACUUUGUUGUAGUUACAAUCUCACAUCCACCCGGUUGGACAUAUGAAGAAAAAGCCAGCUCAACACCCACCGAGAAUGCAGAAUCAUCAUCUCUGGAGGAGGCCUUAGUUUCCUUAUAAACCAUGAAGAUAAUAUAUAUGUAUUUACCCUCCUUAAAUGUGCUUACCAUUUGUGGUUCCUGCAGGAUUUCCAAAACUGGGUUUUUCUGGUAGACCAUAGAGAUUGAUAUGUGCAUUUUCGUGUUUAUUUCGUGAUGUGAUUUUUUACUCCUUUUGUUGUGCUAUAGUGUUGUCACUAAAUUUUUGUUUGCUUGUCACUUAUUUCCCGUUUUCCUUUGUUGAUCGCAAACAAGAAAACUUAUUAGGCCUC